AAAACCCCCCCUUUCUAUCUUUCUCUGUGUGGAUCACAAGAAAAACACACCUUCCACAAAACCCUGAAUUCAUAACCAACCAACUAACAAUUCCAAUUUUGAAAUUGAAGAAAAAAUGACGAUCGAGUAGUGACAAAAAAAAAAAGAAAAGAAAAAGUGAUGACGUGGAGGGAUGCAUACAGUGGGAUGUCCAGUGAUAAUAUUAAGGGUUUAGUAUUAGCAUUAUCUUCAAGUUUAUUCAUUGGUUCCAGUUUCAUUGUCAAGAAAAAAGGUCUCAAGAAAGCUGCUGUUUCUGGUCUUAGGGCUGGAAGUGGAGGAUAUUCAUACUUGUACGAGCCUCUAUGGUGGGUAGGCAUGAUAACAAUGGUUAUUGGAGAGGUUGCAAAUUUUGCAGCCUAUGCAUUUGCACCAGCUAUCCUCGUCACUCCACUUGGGGCACUCAGCAUUAUAAUCAGCGCGGUACUAGCUCAUAUCAUUUUACGUGAAAAAUUACAUAUUUUUGGAGUCCUUGGUUGUGCUCUAUGCGUUGUCGGUUCCACAACAAUCGUUUUACAUGCUCCCCAAGAACGCGCAAUUGAAUCGGUGGCAGAAGUAUGGGAUCUUGCUACAGCGCCAGCCUUCGUUCUGUACAGCGUACUGGUGUUAGUAGCUGUUUUUAUACUUGUCAUACAUUAUAUCCCAUUAUAUGGUCAGACACAUGUAAUGUGUUAUAUUGGAGUUUGUUCGCUAGUUGGGUCUUUGUCGGUCAUGAGCGUGAAAGGUCUUGGUAUUGCUUUGAAGCUUACUUUUUCAGGAAUGAAUCAGCUUGUGUAUCCUCAAACAUGGGCUUUUACCUUCUUUGUUAUGCUUUGUAUAAUGACACAAAUGAAUUAUCUGAACAAGGCUCUUGACACCUUCAACACAGCUGUUGUCUCUCCCAUAUACUAUGUUAUGUUCACAUCCCUCACUAUCUUGGCAAGUGUGAUCAUGUUUAAGGAUUGGGAUGGGCAAGAUCCUACACAGAUUAUAACAGAACUCUGUGGGUUUGUGACGAUCCUUUCGGGAACGUUUCUACUUCAUAAAACCAAAGACAUGGUUGAUGGCUCGGUGCGACUUCCCAAAUAUAUGGAUGAGGAAGAUGGUGUAUGUCAUGAAGGCAUCCCUCUGAGACGGCAUGAUUCUGCCAAUAUGAGGUUGCCAUAAUGUAUACUUGUUUUCAUUUUUUUAGUAGACCACACUAAUGUAACAUUGUAUCUUUACCCCUGUUUUUACUAGGUAGGGCAAUCGAAUUUGCAAACUUUUUUCUUGUAAGUUAAUCACAUCAGUUAUACAAAAUGCACAUCCUUUUUUCUUGAA